AUGAGUUAUUACGGCAGCUACUACGGAGGCCUGGGCUGUGGCUGUGGCAGCUUCCGCGGACUGGGCUACGGCUGUGGCUUUGGAGGCUACGGGUUCGGCUCUGGGUACGGAGGGUUCGGGUUCGGCUGCUGCCGCCCAUCUUGCUAUGGAGGAUAUGGCUUCUCCAGCUUCUACUAA